AGAGCACCCUAGAUAUGGGCCCAAGUCCUCAGUUUGAAACCUCGGCCAAAGAUCUUAACAAUAUAUCUCCGGUUAAGGAAGUAUGUAUACCUUCCCGAUCUCAUUGUUUCCUUAACCAAAUUGGUACCCCGAGCGCAAGGCCAGCAUAUUAUAGGAUACGCGAUUCAACAAUAUCACGUUAACCACGCGAAAGCCCGCCAUUCGAGUUGGGUAAUGCGAGAAGAUUGUUUGAGUGGCUUGUGCUUCCACCCACUAGUUGAGCUUCACAAAGGUAUCUCAAUAGCAGGUACCCUAUAUGUGUUUCUAAUAGGGACUAGCGUGAUAACUUGUUUGGCCAGUUCUUCUCCCGCAGAAUUGUAUUUAACUACACCAUCCAUCCCCCACCGUUCCACCAGAAACCACGAAAAAAAACUUUGAAAAGCUAUCUACAGCCCUUUUUCACCAUGUCAGGCCAUCAGAUCAGCCGUGGAUUCCGCUCAGCACUUGCUCGUCACCCCAGACCCCUUUAUCUAAGGCCUACUCAUCAUCCUCUACACCUCCCCCGCCUUGGUCUUACCCAACCUAUUCAUCGCCCUCUACACCUCUCCCACCUUGGUCUUGCCCAACAUACCUACCAUCCUCUACACCCCUCCCGUCUUGGUAUGGUUCAACAUAUUCGUGCUCAGGUAGGCUUGCACGCCAACUCUCUUUGGGUAUCCAUGGACAAAUAUUAACACCAUAGCCGAAUAGUCGUAUACGACCAAUGGAAGAGCUUCGGGAGGGGACUAUUUGGAAACUCAGUUUGCAAGGUUGGAAAAAGAAUUGUUUGUAAGGUUGGAGAAGAGUAUCGAGAGUUUGGAGAAGAGGUUUGAGGAGAAAUGGGAGAGGAGGUUUGAGGGGUUGGAGAAGAGGUUUGAGGGGUUGGAGAAGAGGUUGGAGGGGUUGGAGAAGAGGUUGGAGGGGUUGGAGAAGAGGUUGGAGAAUACGGCCAGAAGGAACCAUGAAUGGACACAAUUUAUGAUAAGAGUAGUUGUUUUAGUAGUAUGUUACUCGUGGAUUCUUAUUGUGUGACAUUAAGCUAACAAAUUGCCCAGGUUAUAGGCAAACUCUUCUACGACAACAGUACCGAGAAAAGACUAUCAAAAAGACAGGACGACAUGGAGAAAAGGCUCACCACAAUGAUCCAAAAUGCGAUAACUCAACUCAAGAUGGAGUUGAAACUUGAGAGUCAGGAAGGCUCGCUGUCUGGCCAGAAUAAGAAGCAAUGA